CCAGACAACCGCAUCCUACUCCAAACCAAGCUGUUACAUCUACGAUCGCAGAGACACAGAGGGUGUCUGAGGUACAUUUAAGUAUGGCAUCGCAAGCAGAUUUCAAAGAUAGACAGUUCCUCGCCGUAAUUGGCGAUGAGGACUCCGUAACAGGAUUGCUGCUUGCUGGCAUCGGCCACGUCUCCGCCGGCGCCGACGCUCAAAAGAACUUCCUCGUUGUGGAUGGCAAGACGGACACCGCUGCCAUCGAGUCUGCCUUUGAUCAAUUCACAGAAGAACGCAAGGAUAUCGGCAUCGUUCUUAUUAACCAACACGUUGCGGACAGAAUACGACACCGAAUCGAUACAUACACUGCUGCCUUCCCAGCCGUUCUCGAAAUCCCCAGCAAAGACCACCCAUAUGACCCUGAGAAGGACAGCGUAUUGAGAAGAGUACGAAGACUGUUUGGAGAAUAAACGCUUGAUAUAUGUCUUCUUUUUGUGGCUGGCCAAGGAUGGAUGGCAUUUGGGUGCGGGCAUUUGUUUUUCGGCGAAUAGAAUUUACGUUUGCUGCCACGGCGAACGACUGUUUAUCAAUACUUUAUAAAUUCAUCAUAUUUUUCUGCAAUGGAUUAAACAUCUUCUAGAGUGACUCACUUUGCCGGAAUAUCAGCGAGUGUCUUUUAAAACAACCGUGUAUUUGUCUGAUAUGCAACAUGCCAAAAGUCUAUGCUAAUCACCAUUCAUUUAUCGCUAUACAUCAACAUGUGGUACAAGGAAACAAGUAUAAUCAGAUAGCAGCUUAACGAAGUUCUUCGGGCUCAGACUCUGAUCGGCCACCAAAGGUAAAGUUGACGGUUGCUGUGAGGCAGGUAAUAGGUUUGUCAUCCUUGGUGAACACAUCUGCCUGCACCGUGUAUUUGCCCUGUGCACUUUUGUUAGUUUCAUUACAUGCAGAAGGCACAGAGAAGCGUAAACUUACAGGAGGGAUUUCAGCGGGAAGGUCAACCGUCUUUACAAUGUCCUUGUCUCCAGGCUCCAAGGGGCAUUCGAGAUCGACGUUGGCAAUCUGCUCGCAGAGGCUCGCCGUUGUUGUCAGGAGCUUGAUAAGGCCAUAUUUGACGCUAAUUUUAACAUAUGCUCCGUCGCUGAUAGUUUCUUUGAUGGUGCCGCUGGCUGUGAUGAGAAGCUCCUUGCCGCUAGGUUUCAAGUUAGUAAUGGGAUUCGUCACAUGGGCAGUGACGGCAGAGGCCGGGAAGCUGCUUACGCUUUGGGAGGGUUGGGAGAGAGGUCGACGUUCUUAAUAACGAUGAGGUCGUCGGAAUGGUCGCCGUCGCAGAGCUCUAGGGGCGACUCGCCAGGGAUUUUGUUGUCGUCGUCAGAAAUGGUGACCUGGCUGCCCUUGAGGUCAAAGAGGCUCAACGCAGCGGCAGUCGGCGACAGCAGGGCCGUAGUGCCGGCGAGGACAGCAGCAAACUUCAUGUCGAACGGCUUCUGUGUGCUCUUCGGUCGUCUAUAGUCGUCGAAAGGCGGACUUAUUAGCAAUGUCGACU